CAUGAUGGGAGCUGAACAGUGGGGACCUUGCUUUGAUGACAUCUAAAGCCUUGUUUUUGAACCCAAGCCUGGAGCAAAGCUUUUAAAUGGAGAGGAAUCAGAGCAGAGUCACUCAAUAAAACAUAGGAAAGGUUUCAACAGGGAUGCCCGCUAAGCCUGCAGUUUUCACCUUUGUGCCUCUGGUGCACAAGCUUCCAGUUGAAAGCAUUCUUGCCAAGGAUGAGAGGUCUGAAACCCUAAAAGGAAAAUCAGAUAAGAGCAUUGCUGUGUCCCAGGAGAGGACAACCGGAGAGGCCAUGUCACAGGAAGACAUUUGCAAAGCGGAGAUUGUCUUUAUCAAGGACGUUUAUGAGGAAGGAGUACGGAAACUUGUCCAACUGGAGCAAGAACCUCAGUAUAGUCCACCAGAUCAUGAAAGCUUCUGUGGAUCCAAGUCGUCUCCUUCAGUCAGUGCCCGUUCUGAAAAUACACCCAAGCAUGAGGCCACGGCGACAGUCUCUAUGGAAACAGUUGUUGAUAAAUGCAGGGGCAGUUCCUGGCAGCAGUGCUACGAUAUCUCUGGGCAUUCUGAACAUAGCUUGGGGUACAUGGCAAACACAGUGUCUGUGUCAGAAGACAGAACUAGUCCCAUAAAUUCUCCGGACCUCUUCCCCACCCCUUCUUCCUCCAGAGAGUCCAUUCUUUCAGAGGGCUUGGAUAAAGAGCGGAGUUGGUACUCCAUGCAGCCGUCCUCUGUGGCUUCUCCUACUUCUUUUAGCAGAACUGUUUCUCAGUGUUCAUCUAUCCGCUCUGGAGUCUUCUCUCCUUCUGUGGUUCAGAUCAGGAGGCACGUUCUUGCUCCUGGCUCAAGUCUAAUUCAUACUCCUCAGUCCUGUUUCUCAUCCUGUGACAGUCUGUCCUCUUCCACUUGUCAGCAAAGUCCCCCUUCCCGGCGUCGCCCCCCUCUCACCCGGCUCUCCCUCCUCACUGCGAUACUUAGAAAAGGUCGUCUUCCUGUGCUGUCUUCUGGGCUGCAGAGGCCUUACACCCCCUGCUGGCCUGUUAACCCUGUGACUCUGUCUGUCUGCAAUGCAUGCUCAGCUGCCUCCAGUGUGGCCUCUGUUCCCCUGGAGAUUUCCUCCCGGUUCUCUAUGCCCACCUCUGUAGACAGUCGAAACCGUGUUAACUGGGAGCCCAGCAUGUUUCACCCUUCACCUCUAGCUGCAGAGUCAAGCAAACCCCUCAUGGAAGGUCCUCAAAUUCAGGUGACAAGCAGUCAACUUAGGAGAGAGCAGGUAAUUUCACCUCCACUAAAUAAAAGCAACACGAUCCCUGAAACCUUCCCACCUCUGCUCCCAAGUUUAAAAUCCAUUUCCAUGGUGCGGCAUGAAAAACCUGCCACAAGGGCUUGUACCAACAGCUUUAUUUCCAAGCUGCAAAAGCUAAGCCCUACCAUGCUCCUCACAGACCAUACAAAUAACUCCAAAAAGGUAAUUCCCCCAACCUCUACAUCUAUUAAAGAGCGUGAGAACUCUGUGCCUCUGAAAUGGACUUGCCCACCAAAUUCAUCUCUCUCAAGGCUCCAAAGGCUGUCUCAGCAGCUAAGAUCUCAGCCUGGCUUCCCGUCUCCUCUGCGUCCCGCUCCUGAACAAAAUACACCUUUGGAAACAGGUUCCUCUCUCUUGGAUUUGCAACAAACAACAAAGUCUGGGGGUGACAAGUCAGAGGGGAGCCGCCCUGUUUCCACACUUCAGACUUUUCAGAAAGGUCACAACCUAUCUCCUUCUUGCUACAAAACAGUAGCUUUUCCUGGUUGGUCAUCCCCCACCAAUUCAGCCACUCCUACACCCUCUCCUGCCCCACCAAGCAGAGACUUCACCUCUUCACCUUCCUGGUCCCAAUGCUCCACGCCAUCCCCAAGGCCAGGAAGUGGGAUUUCAGACUGCUCAGGCAGGGAGGAUAAAAAAAGAAAGCAGCAGGCACACAAGAUUAAGUCAAGCUACAAAUCACUGGCUGCAAUCCCAACAAACACAAUUCUCUUGGACCAGCAAGCUAUAGAUGAAGAGGUAGAGGAAAAAUGUAAUUAUAGCAACACCCAGGACAGAUCUGAUAUAGACACCCAUGAAGAGAUGUGCUCCCCUGCUGAACUCCGGCAAAAGUCAGAGGAACUCUAUGCAGUUAUUGAUGAGAUACUUGCAAACACCGGUCCACCAAAGACCUCAAAGUCAUCGACUACCAAGAAGCAUUUUGAGCACAAUCCCGCAUUUUCAAAGUCCUUGGGGCGUGAAACCAAAUACGCAUCUUUGUGCAGCUUGCACCCAUCUGCCAAUAAGGAGAGAAAACUGACAGAUAUUGAAAAGACAAAACCCGGGGUGAUUCGCCCGAUGACAGCUAUUCCUAGACUGACAGAUGAGGUCGAAGACUGGUUUAAAUCAAUUUCCUUGAGGAAGUAUUUUAAGCAAGCCAUAACUCAGAGGGAAAAGAUGGAAAAUAUCAGACUUGAAGCAGCACGGACUGAUUUGUUCACAGACUCAAAAAGAAAAUUGGUGGAAGAUAAGACGACAGCAGAAAGCAGAAGUCUGUUCCCGGUUUGUGAGCUGCACAUUAAGGAACCCGAUGAGCAGCUCAGUCCAAAUGGAAAAGAAGUGGGAACAUCUUUUGGUACCACUGGCAGGAACAUGGAAGUGUUUGAAGCUUGUUUGUAAAGUAUUAUAUUCCAAUGUUUCUCAGUAGAGAGUUAUCUGCCAAUCACAUACUAUUGCAGCUAAUUAGGCAUAAGAAGGCGAUUUUCACUUUAUCAGAUUGAGUAAAGGCUUGAAUCUUUGUAGCUGCUAACAGUUGCAGGCAGCUUAUAUUAAAAAGGGAUAAUACAACUGCCAAAAACUGAUUAUAUAAGAUCAACCUCUCGAAAUUCUUUGUAAUGUUUUUAACAGAAAGUCAUUUAUUACAGAAUAAAGCUGUGAUCUGUUAGUCUUUUGUUAAAUGUUUAAUUCUUUCUUCUGACAUGUUGAGACGCUGUCUUGUCAACUUAAAAAGCGUUUAGAAAUGCAAUAGAUUUCUUUUUAAGCAGACAAAUAUAGAGGGAUUGGAUAGAAAUCAGUCUCUCAUAAAUAGGGGUUGUCACAAUGUCUCUUAAAACAAGGGGAAAGCUAAAACAGUAUUAAUUGUACGGAAAAUCACCAAAGGGUAAUUCAUAUUUGACACAGACCUGUUCAGCUUUGACUAGAUGACAAAAAUGGCCCUAAGGCUCUCUUUAUUCAAUAAGUAGCUUGAGGUGCAGUAAAGGUUACCCCAUCCUUUAAUUAAGAGCCGCCCGACCUCCACUACCUUCUGUUCUGUUAUUGUAUAAAAUCUGUGGAAAUUAGGCACCAGACAGGCAAUGAAAAUGAAAACUCAUGCAAUUUUAAUAGUUGGUUUAAUUACAUCUUCCAUUUGUUUUUGUCUGACUUCCACAUUUAUCAUCGGCUUUUAAAGUAUGACUGCUCGAUUGCACAUGCUUCUCAGAGCACCCUUGGGCUUCACAGUAGGGUGGAUUAGAACGCUUUCCUUUAUGAGUGGAGAAAACUUUUUAUGAGUGGAGCAAAUCUUAUAUGCAGGAGAAAAUAAUAAAAGCUGGAUGGCCACAUAGUUGACUAAUCUAGAUAGAAACACCUGAAAUCAAAGAAGAGGGCUGUGGAGGUAAAAGAGCUGUUUAGGUAAAAGGUAAUGAACAGAAGCAGACAGGAAUGCCGGAAAAAAAGUCUAAGAUAGUAAUAUUUUUUGUUAAAUACACAAUAAUAAACUAAGAAUCUGAUCCACAACGAGUAAACUACAAUGGUAGUAACUAGAGAACAUAAAACAAUUAAGCAACAGAGACACAACAAAACCCUAAGACUCAAUUAAUACCUACCUGUCAUAUCAUCAAGGGUGUAAUAGUAAUAAAUAUGAGCCAACAAUCUGCUUUUAAUACAUUACUUGAGCAUGUUCUCAAUAUUUAGGUAAAUCUGGGACUCCUGCAAACCAAGAUGUUUAUUUCUCUCUUCAAGUCCCUUAAAGACCCCCUUUAUUGAUGCCAUGCUAUGAUAGCAGAACACUGCAGUGUGUGUUUGACAUUUUAUAUGUAAAAUGAUGAGCCACAUUAAGACUGGUAUUUUUCCUUUGGUAUGUUACAGCUGCCAAGAUCUUAGUCUUUCACUUGAAGUCAGCAAUAUACAGAUAUGCUGCCGGGAUAGGAAGUUUUCUGAACAAAAACCAAAUUUUAGUUCAGAAAGAGCAAAAUCCUCUCUUUACGUUUGUCCAUUCUGUCAUCUCAGCUUCUUCACUGAAAAGCUCACAGUACUUAAGAACCUUCCUGUGAGGUGUUAACUUUAAUGUAUUUCAAUUUCAGAAAACCUCACCCUAGGCUGAUGGCACUCAGCAGUCAGCCAACAGUUAAUAAAAGUGUUUGUCCUCUAAAAGCCCAUCUCAGUGAUUUUCUCCUGAUCAUAAAUCUUCAAAUACAAGAUGCCUACUUCAAUCACAGUAGUGAAUCGAGGGUUACACUCAUUGAGUAUCUGCAGUCUCUGUGGAUUUUACACUGCAUUUUAGAAAAGCUUGCAGCGUUUUGGUCAAUUUCCUUAAGAAUAUUGUCUGAUGGAAAGCUAUUUGUACACACCCUAGCAAAAGAGCCCAUCUGUGUGCAUCUUUAACUCUGUAUAUAUACUUAGUCUCUGAUGUUCUUUGACAAACGUCUAAGGUCUUCAGUCUAAAAAAAUAGAAUUAUUUGGAUGAAUGAACAAGCCAAAUAGUUCAGGGACAAAUAUCAGGGUUAGACUAAAACAAAACAGCAUUAAUCCAAAUAAAAUUAAUGUACUUUAAAGGAGC